GAGUGGGAGAACUUGGGCGAUUCUAUAAAUACGGAGAAAUGGAAGGCAUUCUCGCCAUGGAGUCUUCGGUUCAUAUUUCUCUCUGACCAUCUCCAUAGCUCCACAAUCAUAUCUCUGAGCAUUUUUAGUACCUUUCUCUCUCUCCCUCUCUCUCUUUCUUCAGCCCAUCCACUGCUUUAAAACCCAAGAAUUAUAUUUCAACUUCAAAACCCCAAAAAAGGAAAAAAAAUAUUUUCUUUUCUUGAUCGUUAUUAUAUUUUCCUCUGGGCAACUGAAGGAAGUGUUGCAGUGAGAUCCUUCAAUUCCCUCAUAGAUUUUCUCCAACUUCUCAAGGUUCAGCAGUUAGAGGAGAGGAUCGAGAAAUAAGGAAUUUUGAAUUGAGCUCAAAAAUGGUUACGAAUGGCACAGUUAAAUGUAGCCCUAUGAAGGCAACCUCUAAUGGUUCAUUUCAAGGAGACAGUCCCUUAGACUAUGCCCUUCCUCUGCUAAUUCUGCAGAUAUGUCUGGUGGUUGUGCUCACCCGAGUUCUGGCCUAUCUUCUCCGACCACUCAGACAGCCUCGCGUCAUUGCAGAGAUUAUUGGAGGGGUUUUGCUUGGUCCAUCGGCGUUAGGGAGGAACAAACAUUUUCUGAAUACGGUGUUUCCACCGAGGAGCCUAACGGUGUUAGAUACCUUGGCGAAUCUUGGUCUCCUUUUCUUUCUGUUUCUUGUGGGGAUUGAGCUUGAUCCCAAAGCGCUUCGUCGCACGGGGAAGCAAGCGUUGAGCAUCGCCCUAGCAGGGAUCAGCCUUCCAUUUGCGUUAGGGGUGGGGACGUCAUUUGUGCUCCGAGGAACAAUAUCGCAAGGAGUGAAGCAGGGCCCGUUUCUAGUUUUCAUGGGGGUGGCACUUUCCAUAACAGCAUUCCCAGUUUUGGCUCGAAUCCUGGCAGAGCUGAAGCUCUUAACCACCGAUGUUGGGCGGAUGGCUAUGUCCGCCGCCGCGGUUAACGACGUGGCGGCUUGGAUUCUGUUAGCUCUAGCCAUCGCGCUGUCGGGGACGGGGCACUCUCCCAUGGUGUCACUAUGGGUGCUCUUGUGCGGGGCUGGGUUUGUGACCCUCUGCAUCUUCAUCGCCCCGCCUAUCUUCAACUGGAUGGCGCGGCGCUGCUCGGAAGGGGAGCCCGUGAACGAGCUCUACGUGUGCGCUACACUCGCGGCCGUGUUGGCGGCGGGGUUCGUGACGGACACCAUUGGGAUUCACGCCUUGUUUGGAGCUUUUGUGCUGGGCGUUCUUGUCCCCAAAGAAGGCCCGCUCUCAGGUGCUCUGGUUGAGAAAGUUGAGGACCUUGUCUCCGGGCUGUUCCUCCCUUUGUACUUCGUGUCUAGUGGGUUGAAAACCGACGUUGCCACCAUCCGUGGGGCGCAGUCUUGGGGCCUCCUGGUUUUAGUCAUCGUCACUGCCUGUUUUGGAAAGAUUGUUGGCACUAUUGUUGCCUCUCUCCUGUGCAAGAUGCCUAUAAAUGAGGCUCUCAGUCUCGGCUUCUUGAUGAACACCAAAGGUUUAGUGGAGCUCAUUGUCCUCAACAUCGGAAAAGAUAGAGGGGUGCUGAAUGAUCAAACGUUUGCUAUAAUGGUGUUAAUGGCACUGUUCACCACCUUCAUCACGACACCAUCAGUGAUUGCGGUAUACAAACCGGCUAAAAUGGCGGUGACGGAAUACAAGCGGAGAUCCGUAGAAAGCAAGGAUUCGAGCGGGAAACUCCGAAUCUUGGCAUGUUUCCACAGCACGAGGAACAUCCCUUCGCUCAUCAAUCUCAUCGAGGCUUCUCGGGGCAAAGAGAAGAGGGAGCUCCGGGUCUACGCCAUGCACCUCAUGGAGCUCUCCGAGCGGCCCUCCGCCAUUCAGAUGUGCCACAAGGCCAGAAAGAACGGGCUGCCCUUCUGGAACAAGGGCGCCAUCACCGAUUCCAACCAGAUCGUCGUCGCUUUCGAGACGUUCGAGCAGCUCAGCAAGGUGUCUAUCCGACCCACCACGGCCAUCUCCGCGCUGUCCAGCAUGCACGAAGACAUUACCCAGUGCGCCACGCAGAAGAGGGUGGCCAUGGUGAUCCUCCCUUUUCAUAAACACCAGCGGCUCGACGGCCAUUUCGAGACGACCCGGACCGAGUUCCGGCACGUCAACCGGCGCGUGCUUGAGUACGCGCCCUGCUCGGUCGGUAUCCUGGUCGACCGGGGGCUCGGGGGAACAUCCCACGUUUCGGCUAGCAACGUUGAUUACUCCAUCACCGUCUUAUACUUCGGCGGCCACGACGACCGUGAAGCGCUGGCCUACGGCGAGCGAAUGGCCGAGCAUCCUGGUAUCAGUUUACAGGUCGCCCGCUUCAUAUUAGACCCGGAGAUAUUAGGGGAAAGGGUCGCACUAAACGUGCCGCCGACCCCGAGCGCCCAAGAAACAAUAUUAUCCGAGGACGACGAAACCUUCCUGGCGGAUUUCAAGCAGAGAACCAUGAAGAACAAAUCCGUGAAAUACGAGGAAACGAUCGUGAAAAACGGCGCCGAGGCGAGCGAAGCGAUUAAGGGGUUGAGUCGUUGCAAUUUGUUGGUGGUGGGGCGAGUGCCGGAAGGGGAGAUAGUUGCGGCGUUGGAGAAGAAGGGCGAGUGCCCGGAAUUGGGAGCGGUGGGGAGCUUGUUAACUUACCCGGACUUCCCUACAACGGCUUCGGUUCUGGUGGUUCAGCAGUACCGCAGGGAAUUGUCGCUAAACCAUUUGAAUUCGCUCAAAGAUGGAGAUUCAUCAGAUGGGGAGAAUUAUGAUUCAGCUUGAGUAUGUUGAAUACUUGAAUUGACUGCCUAAACUACUGCGUGCUCAUCUUUUCAGUAAGAUGGACAUCUAUCUGGGGUUUUAAUUAACAUACAUAAUAUGUAUACUUUUAAAAACCUACUUGUUGGUUGUGUGACUACCAUUGUGUAUAUCAAAAUUACUUAACCCUUA